CAUUCUAUGCGCACGACGCGCGUGCCUAUAAAACGACAGAUCGGAAAACGAAAAACUUGGCUGUUUAUACAGCUAUUCAUUUAUCGAAAUAACAUUUUAAUUUCACGCACUUCAAACAAAGAACGAAAUUACUGGCCGUCAAUUUAAAAGAAGAAAUAUUGAUAUAGUUUUAAAUUGUGAAAAAAUAUUGGGACCAGCAUCUUGGUUAUUCAUACAUAUUUUUAAACUCAUAUUUUUAAAACUAUAAAUAGUAUUGCUGUUAAAGUUUUUAUCAUUUUAUAAAUAGUUAAGUUAAUCUUUAACUAACUUGGUGUCAACGUGAAGAUGUAGUUUCAAAUCAUCUGGGUCCAUGCAAGAUGGACUGGCAACAUAUUAAAAGCAGUGAGAAACGUCGCCGGAGUUACCAUGACAUUUUCUUACAACACAACAGGUUACGAUGUGGCUUCAAUGGCUGACAGAUUUACAAUGACGGUCAAUGGAACCAGUUCUCCCAGAGGAGUGCAGAUUAUUACAAAAACAUUGACAGGAGAAAGCCUAGAUAUUAUAGAUGAACCAAAAAUAAAUGAAACCACGGACAUAAUCGACGUUAACAUUGUACAAGUUGCUUUCUGCUUUUUGUAUACAGUGAUAUUCGUUUUAGGUGUCUUCGGAAAUGUCCUUGUAUGCUAUGUUGUCUUCAGGAAUAAGGCGAUGCAGACAGUCACCAAUCUUUUUAUAACAAAUUUGGCUUUGUCGGAUAUACUGCUAUGCCUAUUCGCGGUCCCGCUCACACCAAUGUACACGUUUUUAGGGCGUUGGGUCUUUGGGAGACUUCUUUGCCACUUGAUGCCUUACGCUCAAGGCACCAGUGUCUACAUAUCCACCCUGACCCUCACAUCUAUAGCCAUAGAUAGGUUUUUCGUCAUAAUUUACCCAUUCCACCCGCGUAUGAAGCUAAACACAUGUAUAUUCAUAAUAUUAUUUAUAUGGGUAUUCUCGUUAGUGGUCACUUGUCCUUACGGACUAUUCAUGGGCUUGCAGAUUACGAAAAACAAGACUUACUGCGAAGAAAGUUGGCCGUCUGACAGAUCGAGAAGGAUCUUUGGAGUUUUCACAACUGUUCUCCAAUUUCUUAUACCAUUCUUAGUAAUAGCUAUAUGUUAUACAUGUGUUAGUAUAAGAUUGAACGACCGAGCGAGGUCCAAGCCUGGUGCUAAAAAUACUAGGAGGGAAGAAGCAGACAGAGAUAGAAAAAAGCGAACAAAUAGAAUGCUCAUAUCUAUGGUUGCAAUAUUCGGUAUAUCCUGGCUUCCUUUGAAUUUGAUCAAUAUCUUUAAUGACUUCUACGCCCAAAUGACGGAGUGGAACUAUUAUUAUGUCUCAUUUUUUCUGGCCCAUUCAAUGGCCAUGGCUUCUACGUGCUACAAUCCAUUCCUUUAUGCUUGGUUGAACGAAAAUUUCCGAAAGGAAUUCAAGCAGGUCCUUCCGUUCUUUGAAUCGACUGGAGGAGUAAGGAACAGUUAUCACUCAGGGCGUAUGCCUGCCCACAAAUCUGAUAAAAUAUGCAAUGGAAAUGAAACAAUUCAAGAAACUUUACUUGGUUCGUCUUUCAAUAGAGGGCCUUCUAUAAAACAGAGGAUGUUAGAAGGUAAUGGAAAGAAGGAUAACGGUGUAGAAAUAGAAAAUGUGUUGUUGGAGGACAAACCGAUCUCAGCCACGUUCCACACGAAGAGUGAAAACGUAAAUUUGCAGUUGAUUGAUGAGGAGUCGCAAUUUAGUGACCCUAAAGACAGCAAAUCUCCACCUAUAUAAUUGUACAAAAACAACGAUGACAUAAAAUACGAAUCUGUAUUUCAAUUAAUUCUGAAACUAAUUAAGCAAACCUUGUAAUAUGUAGAUAAUUAUAGAACUGUAAUCUAGACUCGCAAAUAAGUUCUGUAAAGACUAAGUUUUAAUAGAUCUCUGUAUGUCUCAUUUAAGUCAUAAUUUUGUCGUUUGAAGUUUGCUAUAUAUUUACUACAUUUAAUAUAUAUAUUAAUUGUAAAUAUAGAACAUAUUUAUAGAAUCACGUUUAAUUUAUGAAUGGUAGUCUCACUGAAAUUAUUAUUAUACUAAAAAUCACGUAGCCUUCGCAUUUCGAAAAUAACUUAUUGAUGAAAUAGAAAAAAUACUUCUUUUGUUUUAAAUUCCACGGAACUUAAUAAAUCUAUUGACAUAAAUUGUGUUAAAUGUUAACGUUAAACGUAAACUUUAACGUUAGUAAAAUUUCUAUUCAAAGUUAAGGCCGCUUACUUGUUUGUAGAAUCAAAUUUAAGUAGUGAUUUAAGAUACUCUCUGUGAUUAUAUUUUUUUGUUAUUUUAAUAACAUGUGUAGAUAUAAUUAACUCAAUUUAUAAGUUUUAUGAUGUAAGAUAUUAAUUACCUGGAAAAUAAAUUUACCGGUUUGUAAGUUUAAUGAUAUAAUAUGUUAGUUACGUGGUAAAUAAAUUUGUGUAAAAUACUAGUAUAUGCAAGUAUCCAAAGGGCCUAAUCAUGUGUUAAAGUUAUUAUAAAUAUGGUAUUCUUAAAUAAGUUAGUAAUAUAACUUAAAAUAUCCAUACAGUUGCAUAUUUUUAAUGAAUUUAAUCCACAUUUUUAACCUCCGACGACCGGAGGAGUUUAAGUUUAACGUGUGUGUGUAUCUGUCCGUAGCAUCGUAGUAGCCAAAUGGCUGAACCGAUAAUGAUCUAGAGGAUGCCAGCGAUGCAAAGAAAACAUCGGAGUUAGGGAUUUCUUAAAAUUAAAAUUUAUUUUUUAUACUCAUUGCAUUUUUCUUGGACAACUAUAAAUUUGUCUUUUGUCUGUUUUAAUGCUUUGUAGACCUGAUUGGUCCGUGUUUGUAUAUAAAAAUAUUAUGUCCACUUUCGAUAUACCUAGUCACUAUUAAAUUUUGAAGGAAUAAUAUAUUAUACACUAUUAUUUAUAUAUAUAAUUUAGGAUACUAUCAAAUCAAAUGUUGUACAACACCACAACUAGAAGUAUAACAUUAUGUAUAAGUAGCAACGAUGUCUUUUUAAUAAACUAAUGAGCCCAAUUUCGAACUUAGUUCUUUUUUUGUUUUCGUAAAAACACAACAAAUACGAAGAACAAAAAAAUAAUGUAAACGUAGCACUUUUUUUAUUUUUACCCAACUACGUUUACAUGAAAGUUUGAAAUUUGAGUUUAUUAAAAACACAUACGAUUUUUUUAAAUUUAUUGCAUAAGUACAAAAUAAAUGUUGUACCUAUAAGUAAAAUAAUAUUUGCAAAAUGUCGUCUAGUUAUGUCAAAUAACAAGAAAUAUCGCUUUCAAAGUGUAGUUUAUAGAAGAAAAUGAAUUAAAAAAUGUAAUUUUCACUUGGAAUAAAUGAGGCUGGUUGUUUU